UCGAAGUUGACAAGAUUAUUCCUUGCAGUUUCUACAUGUGCACUGCAGGUGGCACUCAGUUGUGGAAAGAAUUAGUUGCAUGACUUCAAUUCUUAGAUAAUCUCCUAAUGGAACAAGAAUGUGAAGCACUGCCGCCUUAUAAACAUAUCGACAGGAAUGAAUUUUGCUACAGGAAGCACAAAAAACAGAAGGAUGAGGAUAUAGCUAUUUGUGUGUGCCAAUACACAGCUGAUUAUCCUGAGAGUGCAUGUGGUGAGCGAUGCUUAAAUGUAUUAACCAGCACAGAAUGCACGCCAGGGUAUUGCCAAUGCGGUGAAUACUGUAAAAAUCAGAGAUUUCAAAGAUGUCAAUAUGCUAAGUCAAGAUUGUUCAAAACUGAAGGUCGUGGAUGGGGUCUUUUGGCUGAUGAGAAUAUCAAGGCUGGCCAGUUUGUUAUAGAAUAUUGUGGAGAAGUAAUAUCAUGGAAGGAAGCAAAACGGAGGUCUCAAGCUUAUGAAUCUGAAGGUUUAAAAGAUGCAUAUAUAAUUUACCUCAAUGCAUAUGAAUCGAUUGAUGCCACUAAGAAAGGAAGCUUAGCUAGGUUCAUUAACCAUUCGUGCCAACCAAACUGCGAGACCAGAAAAUGGACUGUACUUGGGGAAGUGAGGGUUGGGAUAUUCGCAAAACAAGACAUACCUGCAGGAACUGAGUUAGCCUAUGACUACAAUUUUGAAUGGUAUGGUGGUGCUAAGGUCCGGUGCCUGUGCCGUGCCACCAGCUGUUCCGGGUUCCUUGGGGCAAAAUCACGUGGUUUCCAGGAAGCUAACUAUCUUUGGGAAGAUGAUGAUGACAGGUACUCCGUUGAGAAUAUCCCCCUUUAUGAUUCCGAGGAUGAUGAACCAACAAAGUAUCUUAAGGCCAUUGUCCCCUCAACAGACUCGACAAUUACGGGGAAAGAACAAGAAAAUUUCCUGAGUACUGAUGAAGUUCUUGAUUCUAUGGAAUUUUCUCAACCUAUACCAAUUUCGAUUGAGCCAUUGUGUGCGAUUCCGAUGGAAAUUGAUUUUGCGAAGAACGACGCAACAGCAGUCAACAGCAUGUAUGUGAAUGAUACUCAACAGAACUUCAGAGAGGAAAAUGCAUUGAUACCACGAAAUUUCCAUACUGAGCCUAGCCCAUCCAAAAGGUCACCACAUUUCCCAGGGAGAAAAGCCAAAACCCAAGUGAAGAAGCAGCUAAAUGUGGCUCUUAUUGCUGAGCGCCUCGCACUCGCAGAAGCUCGUGAAGAAAUUCUCGCUUGUGAGGAAACAAAGAACGAGGCCGCCUCGCAACUGGAUUCUGUGUACAGCGAGAUAAGGCCGGCCAUCGAAGAGCACGAGAGGGACAGCCAAGAUAGCGUGCCCACAAGCGUCGCGGAGAGGUGGAUCGAAGCUUGCUGCUUCAAAUACAAGGCGGAUUUCGACCUCUAUUCUUCCGUAAUCAAGAACGUCGCUUUCGCUCCUCGCAGGCCCCGAGGAGACUCGGCGGCCUUCCAAGGUGACGGCGAGUUGAAGUACUUGGAAAAUGGCCAGUGAGUUUUGGAGAGUAACAAACAAGUAAAGUAACGCGCUUCAGAAAAAGGGAUUGGUCGAUUUCUCGAGAUAAAAUGUCUAUGUUUGUAACUCGGUGUUCCUCGAUAGUGUAAGAGUGAUAUAAGAUGGUGAAAGCUUCAGUGAAGGUGAUCAGAGUUUGAGCUUUAUGUUUUGUUUGGCGAGAGAGCAAUAUUAGGGGAGAGAGGACUAGUUUGCUGUAGGAUGCUAAAGAGGUGGAGAUUAUCAUCAAAUCCGUUUCAUUGGAAUGGGAUUGUUGAGUCACUCAAGAGCCUCAUCGAGGGGUUGGAAUUGAACUUGAUUGAAUAAAAAGAGCUUGUGUUUAUUUUUUAU